CCAAACAUAGGUUCCUUUAAUAUUCAACUCUUACAAAACCAAGACAUUCACCCAUUCCUUCAUAUCUUCUUCUUCUUCUUCUUAACCAUUUUUCUAUUUGCCUCUCAACACAAUGAUCGAUAUGUUUCUAUUCUUAACCAAAUCUAUGUUCCCUAUAAUCACAUGGAUGCUCUUUGUGAUACCUUCUUGUGUCUUCUCAGCUAACGAGCUUCACGACCGUUGCCGUCCAUCGUUUAGGUGCGGAGAUCAAACCGCUCUCUCGUAUCCUUUCUGGACAUCUGGCAGAGAAGGCUGUGGCCACCCUGAGUUCGAAGUCGACUGUAGUGGUGGAUUUGCAGAGAUAAGCAUAACCUCGGUGAAGUAUAGAAUUUUAGAGGCGAACUAUGCCUCUGGUAUCAUACGACUGGCGAGAUCAGAUUUUAUCGGUGGUCUUUGUCCUAAAGAUCUUUUAAAUGCGACGUUCGACGAAAGGGUUCUUCCACUUGCUCCUGACACUGAGUUUCUAACAAUCUAUCACGACUGCAGAAGAGUAUUUCCAGAAUAUGUUUCUACUUUUGUUGGAGAUCUUCCUUGUGAGGAUGAUGAUGAUGGUAAUAAUGGUGGUGAUGAUGACAGAACAAGAUACUAUGUGACAAGAAACCUCUCGUCCCCUCUACUCAACGGGAUUAGAGGUCAAUUCGAAGACUUCGGGUCAUCUUGCACAAGCGUAAGUGUUCGUGUAUCAGGGCCUUGGCUGGAGACACUACAGAACAAUCGGACUCAAGAUAAUCUGCAGAAAGCUCUUGCAGAGGGUUUCCAGCUUGGACUUAACCAAGAAUGUUUGUCGUGCUUAGACUCUAAGGGUGCUUGUGGAUUUAAUCAAAACUCAGGUGGAUUUGUCUGCUAUUGUGUAGAUGAGACAAAUAACAGUACUUGCAGUUCUAGAAAAAAAGGCAUCUCUUCUGGAGCAAUAGCAGGCAUUGUGGUUGUUUGUGUAUUGCUGGUGGCCAUUCUUGUAGCCGUAGGUUUGUUCUGUCUCAUCAGACGGCGAAAGAAGACACAGGCAGCUCAACACAUGAGCAAAGGCUUGCCAAUAACGUCAUCUUCAAGCAUAGAAACAUCAAGCUAUCCAACUUCCACAACAGUUUCAAGCAGCAGCAAUCACUCUCUUCUCCCUUCAGUCUCCUACAUCACAAACGCAAGCACCUACUUUGGAGUCCAAGUCUUCAGCUACGAAGAACUCGAGGAAGCCACUGAAAAUUUCUCUAGAGAACUCGGAAACGGCGGCUUCGGUACUGUUUAUUAUGGCGUGUUGAAAGAUGGACGAGCUGUAGCAGUCAAACGACUAUACGAGAGGUCGCUUAAACGCGUUGAACAGUUCAAGAACGAGAUCGACAUCUUGAAAUCGUUGAAACAUACAAACCUCGUGAUUCUCUAUGGAUGCACGUCGAGACACAGCACAGAGCUUUUGCUCGUCUACGAGUAUAUCUCAAACGGAACUCUAGCCGACCAUCUUCACGGUGAUCGUGCUGAAGCCCGUCCUAUUUGUUGGCCAGUUCGUCUGAACAUUGCGAUCGAAACCGCAAGUGCUUUAUCCUUCCUCCACAAAUCAGGGAUCAUACAUAGGGACGUAAAGACAACAAACAUUCUUCUAGACGAGAAAUCCACGGUGAAGGUAGCUGAUUUCGGACUCUCACGAUUGUUUUCGACGGACCAAACUCACGUCUCCACAGCACCGCAAGGCACUCCAGGAUAUGUAGAUCCCGAGUAUUACCAAUGUUACCGUUUAAACGAGAAGAGCGACGUGUACAGCUUCGGAGUCGUACUAGCCGAACUCAUCUCUUCCAAAGAAGCCGUGGAUAUCACAAGACAUCGCCACGAUAUCAACUUAGCAAACAUGGCCGUCUCCAAAAUCCAGAACAACGCAGUGCACGAGCUCCUCGAUCCAAGUCUUGGAUUCUCGAAGGAUCCAGAAGUGAAAAGGAUGAUGGUAUCCGUGGCUGAGCUUGCGUUCCGAUGUUUGCAACAGGAGAGGGAAGGUAGGCCAUCGAUGGAUGAGAUCGUGGAGAUUUUGAAAGGGAUCAAGGGGGAGAACCGCGUGACGCCACCACCGGAUGUGGUGGAUAUUGAGGUAAGCGGAGAAGAUGACGUUGGAUUGUUGAGGCAUAGUGUUCCUCCGCCAGUGUCGCCGGAUACUGAUAAGUUUACUAGCAGUUCUGAUACGGCGGCGAGUUCAUUUUGAGAGAUUGUAUAAUUAGGCCUCCUCCCUCGGUGGUAUGUUUUGUAUAUUCACACUGGUAAGUGGUUCUUGGACUUCUUUAUUUUUAUUUUGGGUCAAAAUUCGACUUAUUUUUUUAUUUAUUUUUUCCCCGUCUGUAUCAAAUGACCUAUUAGUUUUAUGUUUCAACGCAUAAGAAGAUUUGUAUCUUUCUUCUUUUUUUAUAGUGAAAUCCUCAUGUAU